AUGGCGCAGUUCGCAGACCAGGACUUCUUCGGCGGGGCGAUUCGCGGCGUGGUGCCGCAGGGCUGGAUCGAUGGCAGCACCCUCCGCGAAGUCCCAGAUCACCAAGAGCUUUUCCUCUCACCAACCACACUCUCCACCCUAAUCAUCGAGAUCAACCAGCGUGUCCCGCGCGACGACGCCCUGAGCCUUCUCCCCAUGCUAGACCAUCAGCAACCACCACUCGGCGGCUCCAGCACCUCCAACACGGUAUCUACCGAAACAAUCGACCAAGCCGCGGCGCUGUACCAUCUCCACGACAUAUGUGAAGAGGACGACACGAUGCAGGUCGUCACCCCGCCGCAGCGGGCACAUCUCCCUCGUCUGUCGCCUUCUUCUUCUCCAUCCUCUUCAUUUCCCGCCUACAAAGGCGUAGUCUCAUUUACCACGCCCGCGCGCCAACGACCUGGCGGGCGCGUCCCGAGCUCCGUGGACGGCGCGUCUCUCAACGGCGAGACGAAUAAUCUGCCGCAGACAUCAAGGCUGACGUGCCACUAUCUAGUUGUGCGGCUGGAGCCGCAAGCUACGGACCUGGUGGUUUUCUUGAAUGUGCCACACGAGGAGUUCGAUACGAGUGGUGAUCCUAGGGGAUUGUCGAGGGAGGAGGUUGUUGCUGAGGACUUGAUUGAGACUCUGGUGCAGAAGCUGGAGGUUUGUGAUUGGGGGCUUUUCGUUUAG